AUGUCCACUCAGCGCCACGUCAGGAUCGGAAUCAUCGGCGGAGGCCCUGCAGGCCUCACUGCGGGGAUUUACGCGUCGCGCGCGAAUCUGAAGACCUGCGUCUUUGUGGGGAUUGAGCACACGUCUCAGAUGUUCACCACCACGGAUGUGGAGAACUUCCCUUCUCACACCGCUAUCAAGGGGCCUGCUCUCAUGGAGGCUAUCCAGAACCAGGCGGAGCACUGUGGCGCGGAGCUCCUCUAUGAGGACGUUCACAGCAUCGACGUCUCCUCGCGACCUUUCAAGAUCGUUCACGGCUACGAAAAUGAAACAACGCUCGCUGACGCCCUUAUCAUUGCGACGGGUGCCACGGCUCGCCGCCUGGAUUGCAAGGGCGAGAAGGAGUACUGGCAAAAGGGGGUGUCGGCCUGCGCUGUCUGCGAUUCUGCCAUGGCCACCGGGAAGGAGGUCGUUGUCGUCGGCGGAGGCGAUGUUGCGUGCGAAGAGGCCACCUACCUCACAAAGAUCGCCACGAAGGUCUAUAUGGUUCUCAGGCGCGACAAGUUCCGCGCCUCUGCCGCCAUGGUCAAGAAGGUCAUGAACGAAAAGCUGAUAGAGAUAAUUUACGACUCUGCCAUCGAUGAGAUCAAGGGCGACGGUAAGUGCGUUACCUCGGUCUCCAUCAAGAACCUCAAAGACGGGAAGACCCGCACUCUCAACGCUGGCGCCCUCUAUUGGGCCGUUGGCCACGAUCCCCAGACGUCGUUCCUCAAGAAGGGGCAGCUGGAGCAGGAUGAGGCCGGGUAUAUCCUGCUCAAGGACCACCCCACUCAGAGGACUUCCGUGGAUGGCGUAUUUGCCGCCGGCGACUGCUGCGACCACCUCUACCGUCAGGCUGUCGUUGCAGCAGGAUCUGGGAGCAAGGCGGCACUCGACGCCGAGCGCUGGCUUGCCAUGCAGGAGUAA